AUGGAUGAAGCUCAAAACUUUUCGAACGUGACUUACUCCAUCAAUGACAUUCUUGAAUCUUUGGAAGCCCUGGGGCCUCACAUGCAAAUAUUUCUCAUCACGCUGUACUCUUUGACUGCGCUGAUGGCCCUAGGCGGCAACGCAACAGUCAUCGUGGUCCUGCUUCUAGGAAAGCGAUCCUCCCGAGAACUAAGGACAUUUCUCAUCAAUUUGGCCGUUUCUGAUGUUUGCAUGGCCCUAUUUUCUAUACCCUUCACGUACACUGAUUUCAUGCUCGGACGGUGGAUCUUUCACCCGAUAUUCUGCCCUUUCGUCCAGUUCAUGCAACAUGUGUCCGUUGUGGCGAGCGUCUACACACUUACAGCAAUUGGCUUAGAUAGAUAUUAUGCCAUAAUGUACCCCUUGAGCUUGAGAUGGACUAAGUCCCGUGGUCCAGUAAUCAUGACGGUGAUAUGGGGAUCUGCUGUAGGACUUUCCAGUUUUCAAUUUAUCCAUGGAAAAGCGGAGAAAUUCACUGUAAGAGGACACGAGUUUUAUGAUUGCACGGAAGUAUGGGAGGAACUGGAUGGAAAGGUGACUACUCUUUUCUUUUUCAUAAUCACUUUCAUAUUACCCAUGUUGGUGCUGACUUUUACAUACAGUAGCAUUGGAUGGAAAAUGUGGCGACACACCUCUCCAGGAAAUGCAGACGCUUCUCGGGAUCAUCAACAAUUAAUGGCAAAAAUAAAGGUGGUGAAAAUGAUGGCAACUGUUGUAAUUCUCUUCGCAGUUUGCUGGCUACCCAUUCAUGUGUUCAACUUGCUUAUCUAUUUUGAUCGACUGUCCAUCAUGCCUGUCACAGAUGCACAGUUUCAACAUUUUACAGCAGCAUUCUUUUCCUGCCACUGGAUUUCAAUGGCGAACAGUUUUGUUAAUCCCAUCAUAUAUUGUUUCAUGAGUGAUAACUUUAGGACGGAUUUGAAGCAGUUAGUCCUUUGCUGUUGCUGCACACACAAAUCCCAUAGAACUGCUGGUCGACUGAAGAAUCACAGCGACCACAGCUCAUUUCGCACAACCACACUUGUCAUGUCAUCUUGUUCUGUAAAAAAUGCAUCAAACUCUAUACCCCUGAGGAGUUUACAUGUUGAUAUGUACAAUAAAUGAUUUUAC